UUUUUUUUUAAUAUCAUAUACAAUUUUUCUUUUGUAUGUCUUUAUGGAUAAAACAGUUGUUUACUUAUAUUAAUAAAAGAAAAGAAUGAAGUUUGGAAAGCAGAUGGAGACAGCAUCUUUUGAUCUCCCGGAGAAUUGGAGGCCACAUCUUAUCCAUUAUAAGACGUUAAAGAAAUCUAUUCGACUUAUUGUUGAUGAGCUUGAAUCAAGAGGAUUAUCAACUGAGUGGAUAAGUACAUUAGAUACAGUAAAAACGAUGCGUUUAGAUUAUAUAAUGGAUGGUGAUAUGGAGGACAUUCAUCCUUUUAUUAAAAUUACAAUUGACGAUCCUAUGUCUAUUACUGCUGUCGAUAAACCAGCUUUAUUGAACUUAAUACCCGUCACUCAGCGAAUUAAUACAGAACCUUUAUCUAUUAAAAUCGAACUCGUUCGUGAUUCUGAAUUCUUUCACUUGCUUGUACAUGAAUUAUCUCAUGCAGCUGCUUUACAUGAAAAAGAAAAGACACGAUUCAUUAAUGACGUAGAUAAGCUUGAAAGUCAACUCACAAUUGCAGCUUCACCAGAAAGGAAAGAUUUGUAUAAUUGGAGAGAGAUAUUUAGUUUAUAUAUGGAGGCUGCGAUUUUCAAGAAUGAAACAAAUGAGAAAUAUGCUACUGAAUCUUAUAAAAGAAGUCAAGAAAAAUUACAAUGGUUUACUGAUGAAUUAUCUCGUAUGAACUUGACAAAAAGAAUGACAACUAGACAAUCAAGAAUUGCUCUUGCUCAGUUUAUGGCCAUCAAUGCUCAGCUUGUUCAUUUUAAACAUUUCCAAUCAUUAAAUCAAACAGCAAUAAUUAAAAUCUUGAAAAAACAUGAUAAAAGAAGUGGAUUAUGUGCUUCUUCUGAAUUCUCUUCGUUCACAAAAGAUAAUGCUAUAUUUAUCGAAGGUAUCUUAACUUCCUUAUUCAAUGCUAUUCAAACAAAAUUAAUUACAAUCGUCCCACAACCUGAUGAUUAUGAUUGUCCCGUAUGUUUCUCUAUUGCAUGGAGACCUAUUCGCUUAGAAUGUGGCCAUGUAUUUUGUGUUAGAUGUCUUAUUAAGGCUCACAAGAAACGUCUGUAUGAUUGUCCUAUUUGUAGACAAGAACAUGCAGUAGGAAAUGCGGAUGCCAAUAAUCUUGAUACAUCAUUGCAAGAUUUUAUGCUUCUUUAUUUUCCAAAAGAAAUCAAAGAAAAACGAAAAGAAAACCAACAAGAACAAAUGAUGUUGAGUAAGCAAAUGAUGAAACAUCAUCAUCAUCAUCAUCGUAAUAACCAUAGUCGUUUACCUCUUCGCCGAAUAUCACCACCACCACCGUCUCAUAAUGCUAAUACUCCUCAACGUAACAAAAGUUGCUUUAUCAUGUAAAUAAUUGUAAAUAUAUAUAUAUAUGUAUAUGUAUAUGUAUAUGUAUGUAUAUCUAUAUAUCUAUAUAUCUAUAGGUAUCUAUAUAUCUAUAUAUCUAUGUAUAUCUAAUAGAAACAUCACAAGACAUAAUAACUCUUCCCAAAUACACACAUG